AUGAAUUUCAAUAACAACAGAAGAGUCACUCUAUUUCAGAUUCUGGGAAGAAGUAGACUCAAUAAGAAGCAAUCACCAAAACAUAAGAAGUCAAGCACAAUUGACCAUGUCUAAUUACCACAUUUAUACGACAACUUCCUCACUGAGCAUACAUUAGGUCUUGGUUAUGAGAAAUAAUAAAAAUCUAUCAAAAUUAAAGAUGAUUUUCCAGCAAAUACAUCUCUAAGUGUUUCAGCCAGAUCACCUGUACGACUAAAAACAGUAUUGCAAUCAGGUUAAAUCAAUAUCAAAAUAGAUUAGUUGCUUAACAGAAAGAAAUAUACGUCGAGUAUACAUAUGA